CAAUAAUUGUUCCUUCAGUCAUGCGGACUCAAAUCGUGGCAAGACCAACACAAGUUCUUACCAUGCGGCAAGUCGGAUCUAUGCAACCCUUUUAGAACCCUUCUACUUCUUUCGCCAUGCCCCGAGACCCUCUCAUCGGGCUGGUCGGCAAGCCAUCCUCUGGCAAGUCCACCACGCUGAACAGGUAAGGAAGGCACUCUCUCCGCCUUCGACAUGAUUUUAGGUCUCAGCUCACUGGUCCGCCUAGUUUGACGGAUGCCAGUUCGAAAGUAGGCAAUUUUCCGUUCACUACCAUUGACCCUCAACGAGCCAUCGGAUACCUCCAGAUCGACUGCGCAUGUGUGCGUCAUGGCCUGAGCGACAGAUGUCGACCAAACUACGGUUCUUGUGUUGGUGGAAAGAGAUCGGUCCCGAUCGAGUUGCUAGAUGUUGCUGGCCUGGUGCCAGGAGCUCAUGAGGGCAGAGGUCUGGGUAAUAAGUUCCUCGACGAUUUGCGUCAUGCAGAUGCCUUGAUCCAUGUGGUCGAUGUUAGUGGUGCCACGGACGCCGAAGGAAAAGCCACUCGGGGUUACGACCCCUCGGUUGAUAUCGAAUGGCUACGAGGAGAGAUCGUCCGGUGGAUUCAAGGCAAUCUGAUGGAGAAAUGGGGAAGCAUCAAAAGGCGACAUGUAGCCAUCAAGGCGAAUGCGGUUGACACUCUCCAAGCUCAAUUCUCAGGGUACGGGAGCACCAGCAACAUUGUGGCCAGAUGUUUGGACCGACUACAGUUGAAGCAACCUCUGGAGGAAUGGAGCGACGCAACCGUCGCCAAGGUGGUCGAGGCAUUCACCGAUGAAAAGUUUCCUACAGUCCUCGCCUUGAACAAGAUUGAUCACCCCGAUGCAGAUCGGAACAUAGCUAAAAUUGCCAAACAACAGCCCCCAGAGAGCAUCGUCUUGUGCUCAGCAAUCUCUGAAGUCUUUCUGCGACGACUCACAAAACAAGGCUACAUUAAAUAUAAAGAAGGACAGGAAUACUUGGACACACGAGAAGACCUGAUUGAACAGGGCGAUCCUGACGGCGGCGGUCUCAAAGAAAUGGACGACAAGUUGAAACAGCGGAUCGAAAAUCUCAAGGACAUGGUCUUGUACAGGUUUGGGAGUACCGGGGUCGUCCAGGUCUUGACCCGGGCAGCUGCACUGCUCGGACUUGUUCCCGUAUUUCCGGUCAGAAACGUACAUACGUAUGGUUCAGGCGGCAGUGGGAACACGGCUGUUUUCCGCGACUGUGUCUUGGUCAAAAAGAACAGUACCGUUGCCGAUGUGGCACGAAAAGUCAUGGGCGAUGCACCAAUAGCUUUCAUCGAAGGUGACGGGGGUCGACGAGUGGCUGAAGAUCAGAUUGUGAGCGUGGGCAAGAAUGACAUUCUUUCGUUCCAUGUGGGGAGAUGAUAAAAUAUAGUAUGCUUGGUACAGACACUGCCAGAACACCAUCACCAAUGCCUGGACAUGACCGAGCCAGAGGGUCAGUGUCCCUUCUAUAAAAAAAGUCAGCGUUGCAGCUCUCAAGGACCACCUCCGCGACACCUCCAGACUUACACCACCUCUUUCAUCAUUCAUACCGAUGACCGGCUCAGGAGCAGCGGGCCUGUCUUGUUUGGCACGCUUGUUGUUGUUUCCUUCGUCUUGACGACUGAUGGCUUGACUGCCUUUCUUGAGCGAUUCGUGGUCUUUCAUCCCUUGGUGGGCCGACUCGGACUGGACAUCGUGCCCGUCUCGUUUGACCGCGUGGUCAUCUGUCUGCCGGCCAGACCAACCGGGAGUCGAAUCAUUCUUUGAGGAGGCCGACUUCUCGGCUUCGACUCGGCUUGUCGAUGAUAGAGGACGGACUCUGGUCGUCGCGAAUGAGUAUGAAGGCGAAAGGUUCGUCGUCUUGACAGCUGAUCUCAUGUGAGAUACAAGGAAUCUCGGCAUGAUGGACGAUGUUUGCAUAUGCGCGUAAAGAGACUAGAGAAUAGGCUAGAUAGAGAAGAUGGCGCUUUAGAAACAGCAAGCAACAAGAUCUAGGGCAAGAAGACCACAGCUUUCAUGCCCCGG